AGUACGGGCGGAAGUCCCCCAGAGGUCGCCUUCCGGGGGAAGGUGCCUGCCUCACCCAAGAUGGCGGCGCCCAGGUGCCUCUGACCGGGGGGACGGGACGAGGCUGCCGUCGCUGACCCGGCUCCCCAUGGCGCUGAGGAGCCGGAGCUGCCUUCUGCUGGGGGCCGCGGCCGGGCGGCUGCAGACACGCGCGGCAGGUCUUCGUUUUGCAUCAACUACAAACAGCCUCAAAACUGAGAGCGAGGUGGACACAAGGGAAAAUGAGAUUGUUGCCUCCGCCUUCACUAACAGGAAUCCUCGGAACCUGGAGCAGCUGGCCCUGGCUAGGAAGGAGCGUGGCUGGAAGACGACAUGGCCAAAGCGAGAGUUCUGGCACAGAUUACGGCUUGAGCGGACACAGCAUUAUGUAGAAGCCUUUGUUGAGCGCUGUAAUGGGGAUGUUGUAGUAUCUGCUUCUACCCGAGAGUGGGCCAUAAAGAGACACCUGUACAGCCCUAAAGGAGUAACAGCAUGCAAAAACCUUGGCCAUGUAAUGGCACAGCGCUGUUUGGAAGCAGGAAUCAACUUUGUGAACUUUAAAGCAAUUAUCCCCUGGGAGCAUCGUUGUGACUCGAUUCAGGAAUUUGAAAAAGCUAUGAGGGAGGGUGGUGUUGUUCUGUAUGAGCCACGAAGAAUCUAUCAAUAAAACAGACUGUCAGGAAAACUUGCCAAGGAACAGCAACCAUCUGUUUAGGUGCGUGUGCAGGCACGGUGAAGGUCCAGAGCUGGAGCAAGUUGGAGCAUGGCAUCUUAUAAUAAAAUAUUUUUAAAUGGACAGAA